CUUAAUACCUAGACGCCGCUUGGUCAAUACUCGACUGCGCGUGGACCGAAGGCCCCGGACAUGCUUAAAAACCUCGCUCUACACACGAGGCCUCUAACUCUCUUGUCUUGAACUCUCAUCAUGGCACCUCAGACUCUUGCAAGCAUCCUACCCCCGAAAGCGCCAAAACUCAAACGACGCACUUGCUACUUCAUCAUCGGUGGUGUAGUUGUCGGUGUCAUCUUAGUAGCUGCCGUACCCCCCAUUUUGAGCCUCAUUGGCUUUGGUUCGGCAGGGCCUGUCGCUGGCUCGUUAGCAACUGUCCUCCAUAGCGCCAUCGGCAAUGUUGUUGCUGGGAGCCCCUUCGCAAUUGCACAAUCUAUAGGAAUGGCAGGUAUAGCCCCUGGUGUGUAUGUAGCUGCAGGUGCCAUCGGAGGAGCCGUGGGUUGGUUUGUGGAUUUGCUUAGGACUUGGCUCAGGCGAAGGAACCCGAAGGUUCAGGUUGAAGUGAUUGAUGUGAAGGCGUAGAAUAAUAUCAUCAUGUUUUAUGUUUUGCGUUUCGUCAGGACAAUCUAUGCUUUUAUGCCCAUACAUUUCAAAAGCACGAGUUAAUUUCUUGUUCUCUUGAUUCGGUCACCGGUACAUGUUGGAGAUGAAAACAAAAGGAUAUGACUCAUAGAAUGAGCAGGGAGGAAUAUAUCGGGCCAUCAUAUCAGUACCGGAUCUGCUGGAGGAGCAUUGCACCAACUAUGAC